AUGGCUAAAUCCGAUGUGUAUCUCGUAACCGGUGGAGCUGGAUUUGUUGGUAGUCAUUUGAUUGAUCGUCUACUAGAACUUAAUCUUGGUCAUGUUAUCCUAUUAGAUAGUUUCAACGAUUAUUAUUCACCAAUAAUUAAACAACGAAAUGUUGCAUUACUUGAAGAUCGUUAUCCAACUCAUGUUUUUGAUGGCAAUUUCAUUGCUAUUCAAGGUAGUAUCAAUGACGAAGAAUUAUUACGAAUGAUUUUUACCAAAUAUAAAAUAACACAUAUUGUUCAUCUUGCUGCACUUGCUGGCGUUCGUUCAUCAACAUCUCAAAUAGGAAAAUAUAUGGAAAUCAAUUAUUCAGGUACACAACUCUUACUUGAUCUUGCUGCUUCACAGAAGGUUAAACAAUUCAUUUUUGCUUCAACAUCCAGUGUUUAUGGACAAACAGAUAAAUUACCAUUUGUUGAAACUGACUCAUGUGCACAACCUUUAUCACCCUAUGCAGCAACAAAGCGUGCUGCAGAAAUCUUAGCACACGUUUAUCAUAAUAUGAAUGAACUUAAUAUAACUAUUUUACGUCUAUUUAAUGUUUAUGGGCCAAGAGGUCGACCUGACAUGAUGCCAUUUAAAUUGAUGCGUGCCUGUAUCGAUCCAACAUGUACUAUUGAUGUAUUUGAUGAUGGUGAAAUAAAACGUGAUUGGACUUAUAUUGAUGAUGUCAUUGAUGCAUUUAUAAAUGCACUUGAACAACAAUAUGGUUAUGAAAUAAUAAAUAUUGGAUGUGGAAAUCCAAUAAAAUUAUCAACGUUCAUCGAGCAUAUUGAACAUUUAUCCGGUAAACAUAUAUCAAAACGAUCGAUGAAAUCACAUAAAACAGAACCGUCCAUAACGUAUUGUGAUAAUUCAAAAGCAAGAAAACUUCUAAAUUUUGCACCGAAAACAAAUAUAUAUGAAGGAUUAGAAAAAACUUGGAAUUGGUUUCGACAAGAAUACAAUGUUGAUGAUGAUUAUUGCUGA